AGCCAUUUUGGUUCAAGUUGGAGACGUUGUCCUGGGGGUUCCAGCUUGGACAGAGCCGACGGGGCGGUUCGAACGUUUUCAGAGUCACGGCCCAGCCAGCUCACGAGGAUCAGCCACGGCCCGCCCGCUGGCAGAUCUUUUCGGCCAUUCGCCUCUCGGACAUUUCGUCUCGAGGUGAUCCAGAACACUUUCGCACUAGGAGUGGGGAAGCGACAGUAUCGUCGGGCUGAAGGCCGUGAGGACAGCCGCAGUCAAUCACGUCCACGGCAGCGGAAUCGAGGCUCAUCGUCGACUCCUCCUCGUUCGGGGUUCAGUAUCGGAGUCGGAGCGAUCGAGAUUGUCGGGCCCCCUCCACGGCGCCGGCGUGGAUGCAGGGUCUCACUCCGGACAUCAAUGCCAGCAACGCUAAACUCGACCACAUGGAAGCAAGUAUGUCAGCUAAGCUGGGCGCCAUGAAGGCCAGCAUAGACGCACAGGAACAGCAUCUUCAGCACCUGUUUGGACGAGUGAAUGGUCUGGAGCAGGCGCAGCAGGGAACACUCAACGAUGCAGUACAACAAGCGGUGAGCGUGGCCAUGGACCAGAAGAUGAAUUUCAGCUAUCAGUCGAGCCUGGUGGUGGAAAGGAAAAGGCGGAGAGCAUCGAGAAGAGGAUCCAGCAUAUGGGGCAGUCUUCUUAUCGGCGCGGUGGAGGUGGAGGCGGUGCUGAUACGGCAGGGGCAGGGUUGCAGGAAGGAGCCUGCAGACUGAUUCUAGUGGGUUUUGAAGUGCCCUGGAUAGGGCGGGCGUUGAGGCGCGCGGCGGAGAUGGUCAGAGAUCAAUGUGCACCCGAAGCUGAACGUGCCAACAUUACCUAUACGACCACCCUCCGGGUGAUAAGGAGGCUCGGGGAGGGGACCAACGUCUCACUCGAUCGGUUUCACUAUCAAUCUGAUUAUUGAUCUCAAAAUCAAUUUUCUUCUCGCCCGCCCACGCAGCUGCGCCUCGCCCGCACGCGCGGCACGCACGAUCACGAAACCGAAUCCGAUUUCGCGGUACGGGGCUUCUCCGUUCCACUUCAAUCUCACCCUUUCACUUCCGAUUAUCAAAGCCUUCGACAUGUCAAAGAAGGCGACGUCUGAAUCCCCGACGGCGGUUAAGUGCACUGAUUUUCUCAACAUGUUUAAAUCGAAAGGCAACAUCACCUUCCCGAGCCCGAUCGUGGAGGGCUCUGUGUACAUGUUGCGUUGCAAAAAGGGACAUCAGUCCCCAAGGGCGCCGAGUGUUCUUCGUCAUGGGGGCGGUUCGGCGGAUUGUCACUGAGGCGAUAGGGGACGCAUGCGAAGUUGGAUCCAACGGAUUCGGUGGAUCGGUGAUUGUCCUGCUGGACGAGGAGAGGCCUCGUACUUUCGUGCAGUUGCGUAUGUCUGGAGGGGCGGUGGAAGGCACAAUUGAGGAAACCGAGUUUGCCACUUUUGGGAUCUAGAAUGUGCUGCCCGCGGUGCGUGCGGCGCUGGAGGCCCCUUUUGUAAUGCGGGUCGACGCAGCAGUGACAGCAUGCCUGAGGAGACCGCACCGUCGGGAGCAAUGCGCUUGCACGAAGAUGCAAACGACGUGCUCCUGACCCGAAGGACGCGGGCUGUUGGGCCGAGCGUCGUUCGUGAGUCACGUGGUGGUGGGAAUGCCCCGCCUGCUGCCAGCCCUGUGGAGUUUCGGGCUCCGCCUGCGCCGAAUGAGUCACUUUUUAGUUAUCCCAAAGUAGGGUUUCGAUUAUUUCCUUUGGCGUACCCACUUGGGGUACCUGGGGGUGUCCUGAGGCUCGAGGUGUCCCGUAUAGUCCUUCCUUCUCUGGGUCGGUCUGCACAUGGAACUCCA